UCAGCCAUCGUCCACCUCCUCCAAAAACCAAAAUCUAAGUAUCCACGAUGAGCGCAGGCCUCGGAGUGCCAGUCAAACUGUUACAUGAAUCGCUAGGACACAUAAUUACUGUGGAACUGAAAACGGGGCAACUAUAUCGCGGCAAGCUUGCUGAAGCGGAGGAUAACUUGAACAUCUCUUUGAAGGAUAUUACCGUUACUGGUCGUGAUGGACGUGUAUCUCAACUUGACCAAGUUUAUAUUCGAGGAAGCAUGGUUCGGUUCUUCAUUGUUCCUGAUAUGUUGCAGAAUGCGCCCAUGUUCAAACGGGUAGGACCAAAUGCCAUGAGGGGGAGAGGUAUAGGGACAGCCCGUGGGCGCGCCACGAUUAUGCGAGCCAAUGCUCGCCGCGGACGUGGAGUUGUGCCACCUGCACGCGGUAUCAGGAGAUAGAUAGGAGAUGGUUGAAAGAUUCUUUGUUGUAAUAAAACAAUCUCAAUUUUCUGCACCUUACAGUGACUACAUGGUAUUAAAAGACGAUCGGCAUCAGGGAAACAAGCGUACGAUUUCGCUAACGGCGCUCAUUAUGUUAUUUUCUGGGUACCACUUCUAUCGAGUCUGCCCUCUCGCUAAAAGUCGGUUACUCUUCCCUUGAAACUCCAAUCUCCACCUUGAUCUUCUCCCCAACGCUUGACGGGCUCGCGCUUGGGCCCGCCUUUUUCCCCUGUAACGGGGUUUAUGUCGCCCUCGAAUUCUGGUUUGAUGGGUGUGGGAGCAUCAGGGUGGGUGUUUGGAAGUGUGUCGACAGGCGAUGAGAGUGGUGCUUGUGCCCUGCGCUGAAGUUCUUCGAAUUCACGUUGCUGAACUUUGGGUAGUGGUGGUGGCCCUGGU